AUGUUUAGCAAACUUUUGAUAGUAUGUACUGUUUUAACAUUAAGUGAAUCACUUCCCACAACCAUUACUCUAAGUAAUGGCCAGAAAAUGCCGAUCGUAGGUCUGGGAACAUAUCAGGCAACAGGAGAUGUCAUCUAUGAAUCUGUAUUGAAUGCAUUAGAUGUCGGUUUCAGACACAUUGACACCGCCUAUCUCUACGAUAAUGAGAAAGACAUUGGAAGGGCUCUUAAGAAGGUGUUCAGCGAAGGAAAGUUGAAACGUGAAGAUGUAUUUGUUGUAACCAAACUGUGGCACACAUUUCACAGUCGACCGCUUGUUAUGGAGGGCAUGAAGAAGUCUUUAAACAACUUAGGUCUCGAUUAUGUCGACCUAUUUUUAGUUCAUUUUCCGUUUGGUCUCAAAGAAGGUACUAAUAUGACGACACCCGUUGAUGAUAAAGGAAAUGUGCUUUUCUCGGAUGUCGAUUAUGUGGAGACCUGGCAGGGGAUGCAAGAUGUCUAUGACAAAGGAUUUACCAAAUCAAUUGGUUUGUCUAACUUUAAUCACCAACAGGUCGACCGUAUCCUAAGUAUGGCUCGAGUCAAACCUAUGGUCAAUCAAGUGGAAUGUCAUCCAUAUCUUAAUCAAAAACAAUUGCUGGACUACAGUACUAAACAUGACAUUGUAUUGACAGCAUACAGUCCAUUGGGAACCGGGAGAAUGUUGAAUGAAACCAAACUAAUAGAGAUCGCCGAUAAACACAACGUAUCGGCCGCUCAGGUACUCAUCAGAUAUCAGGCACAGAGAGGUAUUGUCGUCAUUCCGAAGGCCACGAGUAAGAAGUAUAUUGCAGAAGACUAUGAAAUAUUUAAUCUAAAUCUUAGUGACAGUGAUAUGACAGCUAUUGAUAGUCUAAACAAAAAUUUAAGAUAUAAUGUCGUAGAUUAUGCCAAAAAACAUAAGUACUAUCCGUUUAAUAUACCCUAUUAA